GGGCAGCUCUGCAGGAUUCUUCCAGCCGCGGGGGACUGGACAGGGAGGGGGACGGGGCGGGGUCCCAGGGCUGUGCCAUCCACCUGCCAAGCCUUAGGUCCCGGUCGGCGUUUCCCCUCCCUUCGGCCCGCUGCCUGACCUUCGAGCCGCCUGAGAAGUCUCCAGCCUGGUGAGUGCCUGAGCCAGGCUGGCCUCCCCGCCCCCUCCCUGGAAAGGAAAGGCCCCGGCGACAACAGAGCCAGACCCGCUCGUCCCGAUCUCCCGAUUGGGGACAGUCAGAAGGAGACCGACUGCCCUGUGCCCACCCGGGGACCCGGGCCCGCUCCGCCAGGCUGGCUGGUAUGCCCUCUGCAAAGCCUGCGCCAGGGACGAGGCAGGCUCAACCUUCAGAUUCCCAGGGUAUCUCAGUCGCUGUCGCCAUUGCUGUCGCCCAAGGCCCCAGCGUCUCUACCAGAUUGUUGUGGAGGCCUCUCACCGGCACAGAUCUCCUCCGUGACCAUGUCUUCCAUUAAGAUCGAGUGUGUUUUGCCGGAGAACUGCCGGUGCGGUGAGUCUCCAGUAUGGGUGGAAGCGUCCAAUUCUCUGCUCUUCGUAGACAUUCCUGCAAAAAAGGUUUGCCAGUGGGAUUCACUCACCAAGCAAGUACAGCGAGUGACCGUGGAUGCCCCAGUCAGCUCUGUGGCUCUUCGCCAGUCAGGAGGCUAUGUUGCCACCAUUGGAACAAAGUUCUGUGCUUUGAACUGGGAAGAACAAUCAGUAAUUGUCCUGGCCACAGUGGAUAACGACAAGAAAAACAACCGCUUCAAUGAUGGGAAGGUGGAUCCUGCCGGGCGGUACUUUGCUGGCACCAUGGCCGAGGAAACAGCUCCAGCAGUUCUCGAGCGACACCAAGGGGCCCUGUACUCCCUCUUUCCUGACCACCAGGUGAAAAAGUACUUUGACCAGGUGGACAUCUCCAAUGGUUUGGAUUGGUCGCUGGAUCACAAAAUCUUCUAUUACAUCGACAGCUUGUCCUACUCUGUGGAUGCCUUUGACUAUGACCUGCAGACAGGACAGAUCUCCAACCGCAGAAGUGUUUACAAGCUGGAAAAAGAAGAACAAAUCCCAGAUGGAAUGUGUAUUGAUGCUGAGGGGAAGCUCUGGGUGGCCUGUUACAAUGGAGGAAGAGUGAUCCGUUUAGAUCCUGCGACAGGGAAAAGACUUCAAACCGUGAAGCUGCCUGUUGAUAAAACAACUUCAUGCUGCUUUGGAGGGAAGGAUUACUCUGAAAUGUAUGUGACCUGCGCCCGGGAUGGAAUGGACCCCGAGGGCCUUUUGAGGCAACCUGAAGCUGGUGGAAUUUUCAAGGUAACUGGUCUGGGGGUCAAAGGAAUUGCUCCCUACUCCUAUGCAGGAUGAGGACAGGUCUUUCCUGCCAGAGGGAGCUCUGAAGACAACUAGAGAAUUCUGGGGCUAAAAUUUCAAUCUAGUUAGAAAGAAAAAUGAGGUGAUGAUCUUAUUAACAGGGCUAAAUGUUAAUUUACAACUUUUAAAAGGUAGAGCAUUUUUAACAGGGAGCAACAGGUGGUUCUGAUAAAACCUAAAAUGCAAUAAAAAAAAGAUUAGAAAAAAACACUAUAAGGCUUUCCGUAAAAGGUACUGCAGAAGGACAUAAAAUCGUUCAACUGUCAGUCAGUCUCUUGAUUCUUUGUAAAUUGCCGGGGUGGGUGGGUACGUAUCUCUUCUUGAUUCUGCAUUUCAUACUUAACUAUAUUAAAGCUUCAAGGAACAAUAAAUGGUAACCUGGUAAUGACCUA